CGAUUUAGAUCGCUGUCCUCUCUCUCUCUCUCUCUCUCUCUCUCUAUAUAUAUAUAUAUAUAACGCACUAUUCGCUUCACACACUCUCUCUGAAUUUGUCUCUGAAUGGACGGUCUGAUUAAGGGCUUGAUCGAUGUGGCACUGGGUCACAACGACGACAGAGACGAAGAAAGAAACUCUGAGUCUCGCGAAGAUCGGUCCAGAUCCACUUGGGCAGAGGUAGUGUCUGGGGAGCAGGAUAACGACGAACCGAGCGGUGAUCGUAGACAUGGUCACGAUCAUAAUCAGUGGAAUAAAGAGGAGCAGGAACAGAGUUAUGGCAGGAAUGAGGAGUGGGAAUCUGGUGGAUCGCGGCCUUCAAUGCGACCUCAUAAGGCUGUUCAGGAAGGAUAUGAAAGGAAUGAAGAUAGUGGGCAGGCAGAUUAUAAACAAGGCCGUUGGAACAGAAAGGAUGAAGAGGAGAACAAUGAUGGUUGGCAAACUGUCUGCAAAAAGCCUCCAAAGCGACCCCAUGAGGUACAGAUCACUCACUGGCAUGAAUACAAGCGCCCCCCUAGUGAGCAAGAAUACUCUGAUCACGUUGAACAUAGUGUCAACCUGGAGCCUUCAGAGGAAGAGCUUUCUGACCUUGUAAAAGCUUGUGACAAGCUUUGGGAACUUGAUUUAAACCGUUUAGUACCUGGAAAGGACUAUCAGAUUGAUUGUGGUGAAGGGAAGAAGGUUUACCAAAAGGACGACAUGGCACAAGGAAGUCUAUUCUCUUGGCUGAGUGAAAACGUAUUUAGGAGGCCUACUUUUUCUCGUUUCUGUUCACUUCUAGAUAAUUACAAUCCACAUGAAGGCUAUAAAGAAGUUGUCACAUCUCAAGAGAUGCAAGAGCAAGAAGCAUUCAUAGAAGAGAUCUGUAGAACUGCACCAAUCAAAUAUCUUCACAAGUAUCUGUCAUCCAAGGACAUUGUGUCCGAGAAUUAUCAAGAUUUUAAAAGAAUCAUGACUAGCCUUUGGUUUAAUCUUUAUGGCCGAGGUGGUACAUCUAGUUGUUCUUCUGCUUUUGAACACGUUUUUGUUGGGGAAAUCAAGAACCGCGGGGAGCAAGAAGUUUCAGGCUUCCAUAACUGGAUUCAGUUUUAUUUGGAAGAAGCAAAAGGGGGGGUUGACUAUCAAGGUUAUAUUUUCCCACGAAGACGUGGAGAGAUUCCUGACUCCGAGACUCAGUUGCUUACGAUUCAGUUUGAAUGGAAUGGUGUUCUCAAAUCUGUCUCCAGCACUUUGAUCGGAGUGAGCCCAGAGUUUGAAAUUGCCCUCUACACUCUGUGUUUCUACAUGGGCAGGGAGGACAAUCAUGUUCAGUUGGGUCCAUACCCUGUUAAUGUCAAGUGCUAUCGUUUAGGAAACAAAAUCGGGUCUGCAUUUCCAAUCGCAGAGUGCUGAUUCAAAAUAAACCUUUCUACUUCCAUAGUUUUUAUGAGUCUUUUAACAGUUAUCAUGCAUCUUUUGGAGUUCAACAGAAUAUAUGGGUAUCUUAAUUGGUGUAUUUCUUUCCUCAAGUUAGCCAUCUGGCUUACGGACACCAUAAAAAAUAAAAUAAAGUAGAAAGAGACGUGAAAAGGAUGUGAGAGAGAUGCUUCAAGUAGGGUUUGCUGUAUUGUUGUAAAUAUCAUGGGGCAUUUCCCUAAAUAAGUUAAAAUAAUAAAUCAAUUUCCAAACUAAGCCUA